GAACGAGUCCGUGCUCUGUCUGCUGCCGCAACCGCCGCGCCCAGAGCCUGGGCCACGAUGAGCGGCAGAGUCGGCGAUCUGAGCCCCAGGCAGAAGGAGGCACUGGCCAAGGGGCAGUGGCACGAUGGAAAGGGCCGGAGGGCUUCUUAGGAGACUUGGAUGGCUCCUGCUCUGGCACCAAGUCUCUCUGCGACCUUGGGCAAAACCGGUCCUUCUCUGUUCGCUCCUUGAGGAAAGGAAUUGAGGAGGUUGGACCAGAUGAUGUGGAAAGGAGCAGCUUCAAGUGCAAAGCCUAGGAUCCUACCGGUGACUGACUGGGUUGGGGCUAGUUUGAGUUGAGACCAGCUCCCCACCCCGUCCUGCAACCCAGGCCCCUCCCUCAACCCAGGCCCCUCCCGGGCUGGGGACUUGGGGCUGAUGCUCUUCAAAAGGCAAGGAGUUUCGGGAGAAUGUCCAGGAUGUGCUGCCCAGUCUGCCGAAUCCAGAUGACUAUUUUCUCCUGCGCUGGCUCCGAGCAAGAAGCUUUGACCUGCAGAAGUCUGAGGCCAUGCUCCGGAAGAUGCCUGUUAAGGACCACCCCCUCCCCGCCCUGCUUUUUUAAAGCCCUCGUGUGUUUGCAGCAUGUGGAGGUCCGAAAGCAAAAGGACAUUGACAACAUCAUGAGCUGGCAGCCUCCAGAGGUGGUCCAACAGUAUCUCUCAGGGGGCAUGUGCGGCUACGACCUGGAUGGCUGCCCCAUCUGGUACGACAUCAUUGGACCUCUGGAUGCCAAGGGUCUGCUCCUCUCAGCCACCAAACAGGACUUGGUCAAGACCAAGAUGCGGGACUGCGAGCUGCUUUUGCGGGAGUGCGCCUGCCAGACCGAAAAGACGGGGAACAAGAUAGAGACCAUCACCCUGAUUUAUGACUGUGAGGGGCUUGGUCUCAAACAUCUCUGGAAGCCAGCUGUGGAGGCCUAUGGAGAGUUUCUCUGCAUGUUUGAGGAAAAUUACCCCGAAACACUGAAGCGUCUUUUUGUCAUUAAAGCCCCCAAGCUGUUUCCUGUGGCCUAUAACCUCAUCAAACCAUUCCUGAGUGAGGACACUCGUAAGAAGAUCAUGGUCCUGGGGGCAAACUGGAAGGAGGUUUUACUGAAAUAUGUCAGCCCUGACCAGCUGCCUGUGGAGUAUGGGGGCACCAUGACGGACCCUGAUGGAGACCCCAAGUGUAAAUCCAAGAUCAACUAUGGGGGUGACAUCCCCAAGAAGUAUUACGUGCGAGACCAGCUGAAACAGCAGUACGAACACAGUGUGCAGAUUUCCCGGGGCUCCUCCCACCAAGUGGAGUAUGAAAUUCUCUUUCCAGGCUGCGUCCUCAGGUGGCAGUUCAUGUCGGAUGGUUCGGACAUCGGUUUUGGGAUUUUCCUGAAGACCAAAGUGGGGGAGCGGCAGAGGGCAGGGGAGAUGACAGAGGUGCUUUCCAACCAGAGGUACAAUGCCCACCUGGUCCCUGAGGAUGGGACCCUCACCUGCAGCGAUCCUGGCAUCUAUGUCCUGCGGUUUGACAACACCUACAGCUUCAUUCAUGCAAAGAAGGUCAGUUUCACCGUGGAGGUCCUGCUUCCAGACAAAGCCUCAGAAGAGAAGAUGAAACAGCUGGGGGCAGUCACCCCAAAGUAACACCUCCUCCCACAGCAGGCCUGGCUCCCUCAGCAUCUCCCUGUCAGUUUCUAUCCCUUGUAGCAGUCAUUUUCCCAGCACUCUGACGCCCAAAGAAACUGGGCUAGAAGAAAGACUUCGGGGCUGGAUCUGGGGAGCCUUCAUUUCAGAAUUAGGAAGAGGGAGACUAGCUGGAGUGGGCCUCCUUGCCUCUCAAAUUACUAAGGAGUCCCCAGGGGCUGGGCACCGUGACAGCAUCUGUCUUAUAAGCUGUGCCAACUUCACCUGUCCAGUGACAGAUGAGACAGGAAGAGGGGAACCAUGGGGUGGCAGGGAGGAAAUUAGGAAAAAGGGGAGAAAUUGAGACCUAACACUUCAGGGGAGCCAGCUGCAGGGGAGGAACUUGCUCCCAAAUGAACAUGUAAGUCUAGAUCAUAAUGAGGAAUAGCAAGGUAGCCGGUUGCUAGAGUUAUGGUGGGGGUCUGAGGCUCUUCUGAACUUUCUACCCAGGCUAGGAUCUUUUAGCUUUUCCCAAGUCUCGGGAGAGGGCCCGAGUCAGCAUAGGUCUUCCCUUUCAAGGGUAGGCAGGCAGGCCUCUCCCUCGCCUCGAGGAAUCCAGCAGUUCCUGGGUCCCACUGGCUGCCUCUUAAAUUACUGAUUGUCAGUGACUCAGAGCUUCCUGGGACAGUGAGCUUUGGUACCCAGCCACUGUCCUUCAGUGCAAAGCACAGGGAAGUUACCUCCAGGGAUCCCAGCUCCGUGAAGGGCCAGGGAGGCUGGCGGUGGGUGUGAGUCCUGAAGCUUCCACCCCUCAGAAACCCAGGCCCUGACCCAUCCUGGGGAGAUGGUCUGGCCAAGCUGAGGGAGCAGGAGUCAGGGGCAAGGCUGGAACUGACAGGAGGCCCCGAGGCCGCAUGGCUCCCAGCCAGACCCCUCAGGAGGAUAUCCUGACCUUGGUUUACAGCGCUCUGUUAGGAAAAGUAACCAAUGAAUAAAGAACGUUCAGCGCGCAGGGCGUGGAAGUCA